AUGGAACUUGAUGAUGUGAUUACAUGUGUAGAUGGAAGAAACAUUGUUACGAUUGCUACUGCCUUGGAGGUUGUUGCUCAGGCCAUGCUGAAUCAACCUAAUGCUGAAGUGAUUGAUGAGUCGCGUAGCUUGAGUACGUUCCAGAGGGAGAACCCGUCUACUUUCAAGAACAACGCGGAGACGGCUAAGUUUUCGAAGUGUAUCAAGUUUGAGAGUAGACUGCGUCCAAAGAUCAAACAGGCGAUUGGAUAUCAGCAGAUUCAUAGGUUUACGGAGUUGGUGAACAAUUGUCGUAUUUAUGAAGAAGAUAACAUUGCUCAUUCGGCUCAUUACAAGAGUCUUAACGAGAAGAGGAUCGGUUAUCAUGCUCCUUACUGCAAGGAUGAUGGUUCGACUUGUUUUAAUUAUGGUGAACAAGGUCAUAUCAGCACCCAGUGCCAGACGCCAAAGAAGGAUGCUAAUGCUGCCAAAACUAAUGGUGGAAUAUUUGCUUUGAGUGGAGUAGAAGAUUCCAAGAAGGACAACUUGAUUCGAGGUACUUGUUUUAUUAACAAUGCUGAAUUGGUUGCUAUUAUUGAUAUUGGUGCUACUCAUUCGUCUAUUUUACUUGAUUGUGCUACUAUGUUGGGAUUGAAUUUGUCUUCUAUGGAUGGUAGUAGGGUAAUAGAUACUUCUGCUAGUGGUUUUGCUACUACUACUUUUGUUUGUAAGGGACAUCCUUUGAUUAUCUUUGAUAAGAGUUUUGUGAUGGAUUUGGUGUGUCUACCCUUACACCAAAUCAAUGUGAUUCUUGGAAUGAAUUGGUUAGAGUUCAAUUAUGUUCAUAUCAAUUGUUACAGUAAGACGUUGAGGUUCCCCUUGUUCGGUGAUAAUGGAGAGAUGAUGUUGUUGGCUGCUAAGCAAGUAAGUGAAUACUUUAUUGACGAAGUCGCGAUGUUUGCAAUGUUUCAGUCGUUGCAAAAUGAUCGUGAAGCUACAAGUAUUGAACUUUCGGUUGUUUGUGAGUUUCUUGAGGUGUUUCUGAAUGAUAUAAGUGAUUUUCCUCCGGAAUGUGAAGUAGAGCUUUCUAUAGAAUUGGUGCCAGGUACGAGUCAUGUAUCAAUGGCUCCUUAUAGAAUGUCGGCGUCCGAACAUAAUAAAUUGAAGAAGUAA